AACAACGGGCCAGAGGGCCAGAGGAAGAGGGGGCGGUUGCUGCCUUGAUGACACUUCUGUUGGCAUCUUCUUGGCCAGAAUUCAGACCCGUGGCCUCACUAAGGGAGGCUGGACAGUCGGUCCAGCUGAAAAUCAAGAUCUUACCACUCAGGACGAAUGGACAUUGAGAGGAAGCCGACCACCCCUUCCACAGAGGACAAACAUCAUGCUGACGGCAGUCUACUUGCUGAAGAACCACCUGUGCAUGUACCAUGACGACAGCCAGUACUUGCUGAACUGUUACCAACUGUGGGCACGUGACCCGCGUCACCUAGUCCUUACACCCACCUUCGAAGGAUACUACAGAGAAGCAAGCCGAGGCACAGAGAGGCAGAGCGACUUGUCCAAGGUCACCCAGUGAACAGAGAAGCAACUCUCACCAGCGAUUACAGGGCCAAACCCAGGGGCCAAAUGGGCUGGUCCAAGGGGCUCAAGGACUGCAGAGUGAGGAGGGGGCACGGAGCCAGAGGCACGUCCUCACUUUGAGCCCCUCCAUGCCUCACGCACCCGUCCACUCUACGGAGGUCCCCCCACAGCACGCUGUCUGCUGCCUGGGUUUGCCAUCCGUGGGCAGCCGGCACCAGGCAGGUGCCCAGAAGACAUCUGACCUGUGAGUGAACACAGGUGCGAGGCCCGCUCUGUGCUGGGCUCUGCGCUGGGACUGAGACCCAGACCCUGCCCGCUGGCGCUCACGGCCAAGGAAGGGGACGGCCAGCGGCCCUGCUGGGAGCAGAGCUGGUGCAGGCAGAAAGCCUGGCGUGGCUGAGCUGCGCUUUACGAGUCACGAGCAAGACGGGAUGCAGUGCCUAAGGUAGGCCGAGGCCAGUCUGCCGAGUCUUCUGGAGUCCGAAGUGAGAAGUGUAGCCUCAGCCCUGCGGCAGCAGGGGGGCUGUAAGCAGGUGGCGGCAGGCGGCGUCUGGGAGGACUGUUCUGGCAGCCUGCGCAGAGAACGAAGGCAGGGAGGUCCGCAGGGAGGCUGGAGCACUGAUGGGCGGGCACCCAGGAGGCAAGGACCUGAGCUGGGAUGGCCAGGCAGCUGCGGGUCAGGAGGGAAGAGGCCCUCCUGGCCCUACCGCUGUUGCUGCUGCUCUCCUCAGCCCCCUGUGCCCCCCAGGUCUCCGGGAUCCGGGGAGAUGCUCUGGAGAGGUCCUGCUUUCAGCAGCCCCUGGACUGCGAUGACAUCUACGCCCAGGGCUACCAGGUGGACGGCGUGUACCUCAUCUACCCCUCAGGCCCCAGCGUGCCUGUGCCCGUCUUCUGUGACAUGACCACUGAGGGCGGCAAGUGGACGAUUUUCCAGAAGAGAUUCAACGGCUCAGUGAGCUUCUUCCGGGGCUGGAACGACUACAAGCUGGGCUUCGGGCGCGCGGACGGGGAGUACUGGCUGGGGCUGCAGAACCUGCACCUCCUGACGCUGAAGCAGAAGUACGAGCUGCGGGUGGACCUGGAGGACUUUGAGAACAACACAGCCUUCGCCAAGUACGCUGACUUCUCCAUCUCUCCCAAUGCGGUCAGCGCCGAGGAGGACGGCUACACCCUCUAUGUGGGGGGCUUCGAGGACGGCGGGGCAGGCGACUCCCUGUCCUACCACAGCAGCCAGAAGUUCUCCACCUUCGACCGGGACCAGGACCUCUUCGUGCAGAACUGUGCGGCCCUCUCCUCCGGAGCCUUCUGGUUCCGCAGCUGCCACUUCGCCAACCUCAACGGCUUCUACCUGGGCGGCUCCCACCUCUCCUACGCCAACGGCAUCAACUGGGCGCAGUGGAAGGGCUUCUACUACUCCCUCAAGCGCACCGAGAUGAAGAUCCGCCGGGCCUGAGGGGCUGCCCCGCCCCGGCCCCCAAGGCCGCUCUGCUGCUCCCUCCGCUCUGGCCUCCCGCGGGGCCUGUCACACUCAUUGCGUCCACCUCUCGGCCAGGCCUCUGCUCCCUGCCCCCCGAGGCGCCUCCGAAAGACACAGCCAUCCGGCCAGGACUUGGACUCUGUCCCUGAGGGGCUCUCCCAGGCUGCAGGCUUCUGGGCUCCACCUCAGCCAGCUUCCUGACUGGCCUCCUCCAUCUGGGGCCACCAGAGCCAGCAAGACUGGCUGGCGCAGUCCGAUCUAUGCUCACAGCACACACCGGGCCACUUGCAUGUGGCCACUGCUGCCACCCCCAGCAAUCCCUCUGACCAGUAGAGCAUCUCUCAUCCUCUGCCUCUCCCACCAGCUUUAGCCCAGUGCUGAGCACCGUGGACCCCAGCCCCGUCUCACUGUGGCCCUUAGCCUCCCGCCUUCCCCUCCUGGAUGCCCCAGGCCCGAUACUGAAACCAUACUCCCCUCCAGCUACGCAGGCCACCCCAGAACAGCCAGAGCCGAGGAAGGCACAGUUGUGAGGUCCCCCCACCUGCCCCGGGGGUGAGCUGAUGGUGGGAGAGGGCAGAGGACGCCCUCUGUGGGGAUGGAGGCAGGUGGGGAGCACAGGUCUCAAUAAACCUCAGGACCUGAA